CGACUUCGGAAUGUUAUUUUUAACCAAUAAAGUAAUGGCCUUUACGCGUCCUCACUGAGAGUGUGGAUGGAGUAUAAAUCAAGCUGAAGCUGAAGAAGAAGCAGUCGGGAGAGAGAUAUAUACAUAAUAUAGUCUCAGUUUCUUCACAUAAAAACUCAAUCUUUGUCUGGAUCGAACGACAAUGGAGGUGUUCUACUACUUGGUGUUUGGGGUUUUGGGUCUCGUCGUCGCGGCGUUGGAGCUUAGCAAGAACAACAAGGAUCGUGUCAACACUUCUUCAGCUUUCAAUUCUUUCAAGAACAAUUAUCUCAUCGUCUAUUCGCUCAUGAUGGCGGGUGAUUGGCUGCAGGGUCCAUAUGUGUACUAUCUCUAUAGUACUUAUGGAUUUGGUAAAGGGGACAUUGGUCAGCUUUUCAUUGCUGGUUUUGGUUCCUCUAUGUUGUUUGGUACUAUCGUUGGAUCUCUAGCCGACAAACAGGGUCGUAAGAGGGCAUGUAUUACCUAUUGUAUUACUUAUAUAUUGAGCUGCAUCACUAAGCAUUCUCCUCAAUAUAAAGUUUUGAUGGUAGGCCGUGUGUUGGGAGGCAUCGCUACUUCCCUUCUGUUUUCAUCAUUUGAGUCAUGGCUAGUUGCUGAACACAAUAAGAGGGGCUUUGAGCAGCAAUGGCUGUCUGUAACAUUUUCAAAGGCGGUGUUUUUUGGUAAUGGUCUUGUUGCAAUUAUCGCUGGAUUGUUUGGGAACUUGCUUGUGGAUACCUUCGCUCUUGGCCCUGUAGCACCAUUUGACGCUGCUGCAUGCUUUCUUGCUAUCGGAAUGGCUGUCAUUCUAUCAUCAUGGACAGAAAACUAUGGAGAUCCUUCAGAAAGCAAGGAUUUGCUUACCCAGUUCAGAGGUGCUGCAGUGGCCAUUGCCUCUGAUGAAAAGAUAGCACUGUUGGGUGCUAUCCAGUCGCUCUUUGAAGGAUCUAUGUAUACUUUUGUAUUCCUCUGGACUCCUGCACUUAGCCCGAACGAUGAGGAGAUUCCCCAUGGUUUCAUCUUUGCAACAUUUAUGUUGGCUUCGAUGCUUGGCAGUUCCCUUGCAUCUCGUCUGUUGGCUCGUUCAACUCCCAGAGUAGAGAGCUACAUGCAGAUUGUUUUCCUAGUUUCCGGUGCUGCACUAUUGCUUCCAAUCUUAAUGACUUUGUUCAUAGCACCUUCCAAGGUGAAAGGUGGAGGAAUCUCUUUCUCGGGUUGCUUUCAGCUCCUUGGNUUCUGUAUAUUCGAGGCGUGUGUAGGACUGUUUUGGCCAUCCAUUAUGAAGAUGAGAUCCCAAUACAUCCCUGAAGAAGCCAGAAGCACAAUAAUGAACUUUUUCCGUAUUCCUCUAAAUAUCUUUGUCUGCGUUGUAUUAUACAAUGUAAAUGCAUUCCCUAUCACGGUCAUGUUUGGAAUGUGCUCGAUCUUCCUCUUUGUUGCAAGUCUCCUGCAAAGGCGGCUCAUGCUGAUUGUUGACAAGCCAAAAACAAAUGACUGGACACCCCUUGAAGAAAGAAACACAGAAGAAGAUCCCCUUAACAUAUAAUGGAAGUUAUACAUACGCACAUUCUGGAUUCAGUAAUGGAGACAGAUAGAAGAAGAAGAGUACUUUAAGGUAUAUGGUAUAUAGCACGCAACAAUGCGUACAAAGAGAUCAUAGCGUUAUAAGACUCGAUGCAGUAGUUUGAUUGUUUAAUUUCCUUGGCUAUAUUUUUGUUGAUGUUAAAUUUAAAGACAAGUUUAAGUUUUAUGCAAUCAAUGAGUUAUUCUUUCUU